CUCGACGCCUCUUCAAAGACUCAGUCUGUGCAGGUCACAGCAGCGCAGAGCCGCCCCGCCGUGCCACCGCUCAUUGCUCCGGACCUGCCUUGCCAAGAAUCAACGCAGACUGAUCAGUCGUUGGCUGCAAGCACCGAGGUCGAUCUCGACCUUCCUUUUGUCCCAGAUUCGCUGCAGCGAGCGGCCCGAUCUCUCUUCUCCUUCCCUGGUCCGGCCGCGAAGGUUGGCUACAAGCCCGAUCUCAUCCAGUUCUUAUAAGGAGCGUCAACGACAGCAUUAAUUCCCGCACAUCAUCCAUCUUACGUCGCCUGGCAUGCCUUCCAUCCUCCCAUCCUCGUCCACCUCUUCGGCACAGUCCGCCACGCCGGCGUACAAGCCCACAAAGACCGUCCUUGUUGUCGGGGCCAGCUAUGCAGGUUAUCGAGCGACCCAGAAGCUCGUCCAACGACUGCCACCAGGAUGGCGCGUCGUCUGCCUGGAGCGCAACACGCACAUGAACCACCUCUACGCCUUCCCACGCGUAUCCGUCUUGCCUACACACGAGCAGAAAGUCUUCAUCCCCUACACCAACAUCUUCACCAGCAUUGAUGGGGUUGAGCCGCCCGCGCACGCCGCAACAGCCGGCCACGCCUUGAUCCAUGGCUGCUUGACCAAGCUUGAUUUCAAGCCCGCUCCUGCCCGGCCUGGCGCUCUACCCUAUGGCAGAGGCGUCGCGACCUACCGCUUGUUGCAGGAAGGUGCGGCUUGCUGUCGCAGUAAGGAGGCACAGAGUGCUGCUGCUAGGGGCGAGGAGCUGACAAUUCGCUAUGACUACCUGGUCUAUGCGCUUGGAUGUAAUCUGCCGCCACCGAUUAAUGUCUGGAGUACGGCUAGCAAUGCCAAGGAUGCCGAGGAGGAGGAGACGACCAAGGGCGCAGAAGAGCCUUCGUUGUCGGCCGAGGUCAACAAUGGCAGCGAAUCCAUCUCCUCCCCUCCCGCAGAGAACAUCGCACCCUCCCUACCCUCGACGACGUGCUGCAUGUCCUCCCUCUCCCUCUCUUCUUCACCGAGCAGCUCAGCUCCAACUCCUUGCCGCGGGUCCAAAACCGAGGGCGUAGCCUGGUUGCGCACCAUGCAAUCUCGCAUCCGCUCCUCACGCCGCAUAGUCGUCAUCGGGGCAGGCGCCCUCGGCGUGCAAUUCGCGACCGACAUCGCCUCCCUCUACGGCACGGCAUCCUACACUCCACCGCGGGGGCCUGUGGAGGGAGUAGCACCAAAGGAGGUCACUCUCCUCUGCUCGCGCGAUCGCCUCCUCCCUCGCUUCGGCGCCUGGAUGCACCGCAAAGCUCACGAAGCCCUUCAGGAGCUCGGUAUCGAUGUCAGAUUCAAUGCUCGCGCGGACCUUAAUCCCGCAGCCCUUGCAUUGGAGGGAAAAGAGGGAACGGAGAAGAUUGUGCGCACAACGGGCGAGCACGGCCAGGAGUUUAGAGCGGAUCUUGUCCUCUUUUGUACGGGACAGGAGCCGACAACGGCCUAUUUGCGGGAGGCUUUGGCACGAGCAGUCGCCGAGGAGGGAGGAGAGGAGGUGGCUGCAGUAUGCCCGAGGACGAGGUUGGCGACGGUGAAUCGCUACUUGCAAUUGAGUCUGCCUCCCCGCGAGGAAGGCGACUCGGAAAACAAGGGGGGCAUGCCCGAGUCGGCGGGCCUUUCCUCAUCAGGAGAUCCGUUCGACCCCACCACAAUUGGCAUCGCCGCCGCUGCCUCCCGAUCGCAGCAACCGCGCACCACUCCCCUGAUCGACAAUGUCUUUGUCGUUGGCGACUGCUGUGACGCCUUCGGAGCUCUCAAUGCUGGGCAUACCGCGUGGGGUCAAGCGAACACCGCCACCGAGAACAUCGUUCGACUCGUACAAGCUGGCACCCAGGGGCAAGGCGAGGCCCCGAGUCAGGCGGUCGAGCUCGAAGCGUAUACCCCUCCUCCUCCAGGUAUCAAGGUCUCUCUGGGCUUGGACAAAGGCAUCCGUCAGUAUCAGGGCUUAUUCGAGGAGAAGAAAGGAGCAGAGGAUUGCAAGGAAGACUUGAAUACCGGGAUCAUGUGGACUAGUCGCGGUUUCGUCGAGGGCGGAGUCACGGGGGAUUGGUCCGAGUAAGAGGCGUAGACCACGCACUCAUUCAUCCGGUCAAACGAGGAAUGCACAUCCUUGAAUGGCGCUGGAUUCGUGUGGAGCCCAAGAGCGCCUGAUUGCGUUUUGUACAUGAGAAGCCGCGACUUGCCUCAUCUCUCUCCACAUCUUGCAUUGCUCAUCUCACUUGCUGCCCUGAGCCGCAGCCUGCUCACCGUUGCCCUCGUUCUUGUCGGCCUCUGCACCACUAUUCUCAGCCGCCAUUUGUUUAGAAGACGAGGAGAGACCCAGCGAAAUCU